UGUCUAAUCACAGUCGGUCAGUCCAUCUUAUCACUUCUAUUUCGUGUUCUAGUUGUUGAGUAAGUUACACUUUACAAUGAGUGGAAGAGGCAAAACCGGUGGAAAGGCCCGUGCUAAGGCCAAGACUCGCUCUUCCAGGGCGGGACUGCAGUUCCCUGUCGGCCGUGUUCACAGGCUUCUCCGCAAAGGCAACUAUGCUGAGCGCGUUGGUGCCGGUGCUCCGGUUUAUUUGGCCGCUGUGCUCGAGUAUCUCACUGCUGAGAUCCUGGAGUUGGCUGGAAACGCCGCUCGCGACAACAAGAAGACCCGUAUCAUUCCUCGUCACCUGCAGCUGGCGGUGCGCAACGACGAGGAGUUGAACAAGCUUCUGGGUGGCGUGACCAUCGCUCAGGGUGGUGUGCUGCCCAACAUUCAGGCCGUACUGCUGCCCAAGAAAACCGAGAAGCCAGCGAAGACCAAGUAAACUGACUGGAGAUUCUCUUCAAACCAAAGGCUCUUUUAAGAGCCACCCAACUUUUCCUUGAGAGAGAUUUCAUUUGUCCAAUUUAUAUUUGCAUUUGUAUUUAUAUCCUUUAAAAAAAAGGUAGUACUUCAGAUGUAUGUUCAUGAGUCGUCAGCUUUUGUAUUGUACAAUGAAUGUUGACGUAUCAAAUGCCACUGAGUCUUAAAAAAACAAAACAAAAAAAAAAACAUAAGCGACCCGUCUGGCUUUUUUUUUUUUUUUUUUCUUUCCCAAAGCAACUUUUCUGUCUGUGGAGUCAAUAAAAGUACAUACUACUCCUGGAGAAAUUUUAGGAAACACACUGCAUUUAUUAAAGAUUUUAUGAAUGUAUUCUGAAAAUGCAUACCCCGGUUUCACAGACAAGGUUUAAAUUAGUCCUAUACUAAAAUGCAUGUUUGAUCUGUUCUAACUGAAAGCAACUUGUACUGAAAUAACUUAAAAUGUCAGUGCCAUUGUUUUGUCUCAAGAUGCACACCAGUAAUCUUUUUUUCUUUCUAGGGUACAUUUAUAAAAGCUACUCAUCCUAAUUGA